UUAUUGUUCUCUUCAAGGUUCAUUAUGGCUCUGCCACUGGCAAAGGCAGACCUCAUAGGCACAUUGCUGGAGACUAUAUGCUACGGUGAGCGGUUCAUGCCUAGCAGCAUCAUUGGAGACGAGCUCAUUUCGUGCCGUAGGAAUGUAUUCCGUGCUCUUUCUCAAGCUUCUCCGCGUGCUGGCAGGCCCACAAUCCUCCUCCUCUCCGUCGCGCUUAUGAUGCUUUCUCUAGUUACCACGCACCUUGCACUGCAGAUCAAUCAUACAUUUCAGGCACUGACGGAUCAUAUGGACCUGGUGAACGCCCCAUCAACAUACUCUCGCACAGUCAGCAAGCGGUACAGUGCUGCCAAGGCCUCCAUCUACACGAUGCUGACCCUUAUUUGCGAUGCUCUAAUGGUAUAUCGGGUGUUUGUGAUUCAUGAACACAAUUGGUUGGCGAUAGCCAUCCCUUCUGUGCUCCUUCUGGCUAACACAUCAAUGGCCGUGUGGUACAUAUGGAGUGUGUCUCAAGCUGUGGCCCCAAUUGUACAGAUCAGCUCCUUUUAUGCCAUCACUUUAACACUCAAUCUCCUGUGUACGGCGGCAAUCUACUCUUGUGUUCACAUUGCGCUCAUUGUAACGAAUACCAUGCCUACAAACGGACUGUGGAUAGUCUUAGACCCCAUGUGCCCUAUCAUCGUGAGUGCAGCUCUGCGGCAGCUCUUUGCGUAG